CGAACUGACUACCUCUUCCUACACCACGUCUCAAAAUAAAAAAAGCUAGGGUCCUAGAUCUACAGUCACUGGCGGGUUCCUUGAAAACAAUGCCACAUUCAACAAUGCCGCAACCAGGCUUCCAGGCCGUCAUCCUCUGCGGGCCAGGGGCCUCUAUGAGCACAUUUACCUCGAAUCCCGCCGAUAUUCCAAAAGCUCUCCUCCCAAUCGCGAAUAGGCCUAUGGUGUGGUAUCCUCUGGAAUGGUGCUAUCGCAUGGGAGUCACAGAUAUCACGCUCAUCACACCCGCCGAGUCCAAGGACGCAAUCGAAGCUGCUUUGUCGCAAAACCCCCACCUCACGUCCCUCCCCGCACCUCGGCCUGACCUCAAAGCCCCGAAAGGGUUGACACACCAGACAGGCACAGGGGAGAUAUUUCGACUAGAAGAGGUGCAAAAGAUCAUUACUGGUGACUUCAUUGUUCUGCCAUGCGACAUAGUUUGCGAGCUUGGUGGGGCAUCAUUAGCUGAAGCAUGGAUGGUUGAACAAGGAGGUCUCGGUGGAGCUACGGGUGGCAUCUUCGAUGGGAUAAAAGCACCGAUAGGGCUUGGGGGUGAAAAGAUUGGUCGAAGAGGUGGAUUAGGUGUUUGGUACGAAACGAAGACCGAGGAUGGCGUGAAGGGAGAAGAGACGGAUUUCAUUGCCUUAACGCCUCUAUCACCACCGAUUGUACCUCCGUCUCGAGACUCUUUACGCCGAGAUAUCUCCAACCUGGCAUACACUGUACCUACCGAUACGCUGAACGAUAUUGUCGAAGCCCGGAGAGUCCUACCCGUUCGGCAUCAGCUACUCAAGAAGCACGGGCGCAUAAAGAUGCUGACCACACACCGAGACGCACACGUCUACUUCUUUCCGUACUGGGUGCUGGAGAUGAUGAAGAGAAACGAGAAGUUUGAGAGCAUCAGUGAAGAGGUGUUGGGAUGGUGGGCGAAGGCUGGAUGGCAGGAAGGUCUGGGAGACAAACUCGGUCUACGAGAUAUCUUCCAAGAUGGAAGCGGCUCAGACAGUCCCGUCUCUAAGUCUUUCGGCUUAGACGAAGAAAUCAAUGUUGCCAAGCUAAGCAGCACAUGGGUUGAUCCAAAUCCAAGCGCAGAUGGAGGAAAUGCACCGCUUUCAUUUGCAUCAAGAGUUCGAGACCCUGAUUCUCCUCAAACACCACUAUCGACCUUGAACCAAAAGCUACCACUACCAAUACCUCCGAUUUUGGCCUACAUCCAACCAUCAGCACCCACCAACGCCCUCAUCCGCCGCGUGGAUUCUGUACAACUCCUACUCAACGUCUCCCUCCGUCUGGCGAAACUUCCAUCAAUAGAAGAAGUUGGCGCAGAAAAAGCCUCACCUCUCGCGCACAAGUUCAAGAUCGCACACAAAAAGACAAUACCAAAGCGUUGUAGUGUGCAAGCCGAAAACUCUCUCCUCGCCGAAAACGUCACCGUGGAAGAGAAGUGCAACAUAAAAGAGUCAGUCAUCGGCUUCAACUGCAAGAUCGGAGAGGGAGCUCGCCUCUUACGCUGUCUGAUUAUGGACGGCGCGGAGGUAGGGGCCAAUGCACAGCUAUCCGAUUGUGUGCUUGGAAGGAGGUGUAGGAUUGAAGGGGGCCCUGCGAAGGGUGAUGACAAAACGGUGCUGAAGAAGUGUGAGGUUCAGGAGGGCCAUGUGGUCAAAUGGGGCACGACGGCCAGCGAUGAGAAGUUCAUGAGGUUUGACCUGCCGAGUGAUGAUGAUUUGGAGGAAGGGGAUGCUGGGUUCGCAAGCGAUGGAAUCGAGGCGUCACAGUCGGAGGGCAUAUCUUUGCGAUGAAGUGCCUUUAAGUAGGUAUGCGUACAACUAGUCCAGCACUGUCACUGAAGUGCUUCGACACUUUCAAAGUGUCAAUCAACUGUUUCAACUAACCUGGUCGCUCUCCGCACUAACAUGAGCAAUGAUGAACUUUUAAUGGCAAGGAAACGUUGCAAGCUUAGUACAGCAUCAUAGAAGCUUCCCUGGA